CUGCUGUCUGUGGGGUUUGUGGAGCGCUCGGUGCCCGACGCAGAAAAAUUGGAAACAGAUUCUGCUAAAACAGUAAACAGUUAUUUUCGGAGAAGCGGUGCCCAGGACGAGCGGUGAGGGCAGGCGACCCUGCCUGCCAAGCACAUUGCCUGUGCGCACACGUUUGUGCGGACAGCAGAGUCAGCAUCGCCUUCCAGAUUGUGAUGUGCGUUGGAAUAACAAACCAACGUAUUUGAUACACGUAUAUUGUUGGURUAACAAACGUCGAGUGCCAAGAAUUACAAAUAACUCUUGAUAGUGAAGCUGACAGCCACACUAAAGGAGAGGUUUCCUGCUUUGUUGCUAUUGUGAUUGCCAGGUAGAUUCACCUAAGGGCAUGUUUGAGAUGUCUUCCUGUGAACAACCAGUAAGUUGUAGAAAAUGGGUGAUGAAGAAUAGAGGCUCAGUUCGUUUUACACUGAUUUUUUUCUGCUGGACCACUGGCGUCCUGUCAAUAAUAACCUUUCAUUCAAAGUAAUUGCAGAUCACCAUGUGUAUUUUUGAGCCAUGCAUAAGGGUUUUUCCUUCUGUCACUAAAACGUUGCACUUAUGACUUGGAAUGCAAUCKCUUUGUAAUACCCAGUACAGACCAGGAAUGUAAAGGAGGAUCUUGUAUGAAAUUUAUCUAAUAGAUGGAAAUAAGGAGAUAACACCCUGUGCUUAAAUGGCAAGGUAUAAUAGUAGCAAAAGAGACUGCUAGGGCAUCUUCAUUGUCAUGGCUCUGUGAAAGGGUUGUUAGAGCAACUGCUGUGAAUCUAACUGGGUUUUUAUUAUGUCUUCUUUCAGGUAUUUCCUCUUUUUUAACAAAUUGYCAUUGUGAGGAAAUUACUUUAUCCUGGAGGCUGAUAAAGGUGCUCUGCAAAGUAAGUACUCUGCUUGUGAGAGAUAGAUCAUAAAAAGUUCUCAGUAAUUUGCAGAAACUGUCAAGGGGAACACUGGUACAGACAUCUUCAUGAAGUCUCCAUAUGCUUCUCUUUCUGCUGGUCCCUGUGUGGGUUUGUGGCCAAUGAGCUUUCCCAGCAAGAUGCAGCUUGCUGUYGGUGCAUGUGAGGUGAGGGUUGUCAAGGGAAUUAUGAAGUGUCUGUUCUCUCUUACAUGAUGUGCAUCUUACUCUGAAGAGAAGCAGUCUGGAGGAAACACUGGAGGAUACUGUAUUGUGCACUGUCUCUGGAUCCUUGCAUGUAACUGGGGGUUGGCUCUCUGUCAGCAUCAUCCAUCAGCUCAGCAGCUAUUGGGUCAGUGUGAUGGUAAACAUGGGCUUAUGGAGUUCUGCUUUUGGUGGUAGUUUGGGGAUAUGCAAUAAAUUGUGGCUUUGUGUAGACUAAGGGCUACAGGAAGAAAGAYCAGUGUGUGAAAUGUGGUGGAGAAAGAAGCAAAAAAAUGAGACUUAAGGGAGUUCUGUACAGCCAAAGAGUAGAAGAGCUGGGAGUUUUUUCCCCAGGGGAACUGUAAUCCGUAAAAGUAAGAGGCUUGUUUUACUCACUAGCAUGCAGCUGUGAGGGUUUUCAGAAGAGAGACGGGGUGAUGUGGAGCCAUCCUUGUGCAGCAGCAGCUUUAGUCCGUGGGCAAGGAGGCAUAAAGAAAAGCAGAUCUGUUGGCAUCUAUCAGAUAUGCUAUUUUGGAACCCAUUUUGGCUGUUUUUCCCACCACGCUGCAUGCUUUGGCUACAGGAGUGAUUCUGAUGAGAUCCAAGGAGCCRAUUCAGCACUUGAGUACCAUUAAGCACUGAAAGGGGAGUAGCAGUUCAGAGGGUGGAUUUUGGGGUAUGUAUCUUCUUCUCAUGAUUCAGUUCCUUAGGAUUGACCCUGUCCUUGCAGUGGAGAUAUCUUUUCUGAAUUCAGAAAUGGAAAUAGGAAUAAAACCAAACUUGGUCAUUGAGAAAAAGGUUUUGCAUUAAAUCUUGGCCCUAGCUCAUCUCAGGCAGCAGGAGUAGUAGGGUCAAUAGCAAAAGGAUUUUUUACCAAAGUGUUUUCAUAUUGCAGCAAGGGUCUGGAMUAACAGCUUUGUGUUAUUGUAAACUUAGACUGAGAUGGUGAUUUAUUUUGUUAUCUUGAGUGAAUUUAACUCAAGUGAAUUCUACAUAAAUGUAAACCCUUUGCUGACCCAUUGGGAACUGGGAAGUGUGACAUGUUUGACUGUUAAUUGUUUGAAGUAUUUCAGUCUUAAUCCCCCGUGAUGGUAGGCAAUACCUAUGUAAGCUGGACAGUACCUCUGGUGUCUCAUUUGUGCAAGAUGCAAAAUGCCCAUAAAACACAAAUACCUUGAGUCAAGAGAUGGAAAGAAGAGCUUGUAACUAACAAAAAGACUGCACUCCAUAUGUGAAAAGUUGAGAAGUGAUUUGAACUUCAGUAAAAGAAAUUAAGAAGAGUGUUUUUACUCAACCAUUUUGUUCUGAGCUAUUUGUCUUCCAGACCCCUACCCAUGAUGAUUCCACCAUCUGCUCCAAGCCCUGUCAGCGAUGCUGCACUCUUGUCAGGUGUGGCUUCUCAGGAAGUCUGGAGGUCGCCUGUUCCGGGCUAUUCUGGACUGGCCACACGGCACAUAAGUCAUCGGGCCAACAACUUCAAGAGACAUCCAAAAAGGAGGAAACACAUCCGCCCUUCGCCGCCACCGCCACCMAAUACCCCAUGUCCUAUUGAUCUGAUUGACUUUGGGGAUCUUCAGCCUCAGAGGUCAUUCUUGGAACUCCUGUUCAAUGGGUGCAUCCUCUUUGGGCUUGAAUUCAGCUAUGCUAUGGAAACAGCCUAUGUKACCCCUGUGCUGCUCCAGAUGGGACUUCCAGACCAGCUGUAUGGAAUGGUGUGGUUCAUCAGCCCUAUAUUAGGGUUUUUGCUACAGCCCUUGCUGGGAGCGUGGAGUGACAGAUGCACAUCAAGAUUYGGGAGGAGAAGACCUUUCAUUCUGGUCUUAGCAGUAGGAGCGUUGCUUGGGCUCUCACUUAUGCUGAAUGGCAAAGAUAUAGGGAGUGCCUUGUCUGACACUGAGAAUAACCACAAAUGGGGGAUCAUCCUUACGGUCUGUGGUGUUGUCCUCAUGGACUUCAGUGCGGAYUCAGCAGACAAUCCCAGUCAUGCCUACAUGAUGGAUGUGUGCAGCCCCGUGGAUCAAGACAGGGGCCUCAACAUCCAYGCUUUGUUAGCAGGUCUUGGAGGUGGCUUUGGUUAUGUUGUUGGAGGAAUACACUGGGAUAAAACCAGUUUUGGAAAAGCUGUAGGAGGGCAACUUCGUGUCAUCUAUGUCUUCACCUCAGUUGUACUGACUAUUGCUACCGUGCUGACUCUAGUUAGCAUUCCAGAGAGACCCUUAAAGUCCUCUAACAAGAAGAAAAAGGUGAUGAAAAGUCCAAGUCUUCCUCUCCCUCCUUCUCCACCUUUCUUCUUUGAGGACAAUGUAAAUGAAAACUCUGCUUCUAAUAACUCAGCUAACUUACAUGCAAGUUUUACAAGUCCCGUUUCCCCCAUGAGCCCACUCACGCCAAAAUAUGGGAGUUUUAUCAGCAGAGACAAUUCUUUGACGGGAAUUAAUGAGUUUGCAUCAUCUUUUGGGACUUCAAAUAUUGACAGUGUGCUUAUAGACUGUUUUACAGGUGGGCACAGUAGUUACAUGGCACUUCCCACUAGUUUGUCCAGGCAGCCUGUCAGUGUCAGCCUUCCUCGGGUKCCUGAUGGUUGUUACCAUGGAGCAAAUGGAAUUCUGGAGCCAGGGGAGAGCAGCUUAACCUCAGGSCCUGACAGUGAUGUACUGAGAGUGGGCUCGCUGGAUGCAAUAAAGCCACGGUCAUCGGGGAUCUUGAAAAGACCUCAGACYUUGGCCAUUCCAGAUGCUGUAACAGGACAAUGCCCAGAGAAUAACAGAAGAAGAAAUGUAACUUUCAGCCAACAGGUUGCCAAUAUCCUGCUGAAYGGUGUGAAGUACGAGAGUGAGCUGAAUGAAUCAGGAGAGACCUCGGAGCAGCCRCUCUCCGUGAAGCUGCUCUGCUCCACCAUCUGCCACAUGCCCAAGGCUCUCCGUAACCUCUGCAUCAACCACUUCCUAGGGUGGCUUUCAUUUGAGGGAAUGUUGCUCUUCUACACUGACUUCAUGGGAGAAGUAGUGUUCCAAGGGAACCCAAAAGCACCUCACAACUCAGAUGAGUAUCAGAAGUACAACACUGGGGUCACCAUGGGCUGCUGGGGAAUGUGCAUCUAUGCAUUCAGUGCUGCUUUCUAUUCAGCCAUGCUGGAGAAGCUGGAGGAGCGUUUCAGCACACGGACGCUGUACUUUGUGGCAUAUUUGGCCUUCGGGCUGGGCACAGGCCUGGCCACGCUCUCCAGGAACGUCUACGUGCUGCUGUCCCUGUGCGCUACCUACGGCAUCCUGUUCGCCACGCUCUGCACGCUGCCCUACUCGCUGCUCUGCGACUACUACCAGAGCCGAGAGUUYGUAGGCUCGCAGGCGGAGGGCACGCGGCGUGGGAUGGGCGUUGACAUCUCCUUGCUGAGCUGCCAGUACUUCCUGGCGCAGAUCCUCGUGGCCCUGGCCAUGGGGCCGCUGACGGCGGCCGUGGGCAGCGCCAGCAGUGCCAUGUACUUCUCCAGCCUGGUGUCUUUCCUGGGCUGCCUCUUCUCCUCCCUCUGUGUCACCUAUGAGCUGCUGCCCCCGGAGGAGCUGCCACCUGCCGAGGAGCAGCGUCCGCUCCUGCCCCGUGCRCGGAACGAAUAAACGGGAGAUGCUGCCACAGCCUCUGCUGCCUCGUUGCUUCACCCUUGGCCUCCCCGUCGUGACAGAAUGGGCUUGUGCACCCCUGGGACGGCAGCAGUGGGCUUGGCAAGUGGAAAGAAAGGUCUGCACUGGCUUUGCUGAGCUUUCUCCCGCCUGUGGGAAGGUGAGGGUGAGUCAGUGGUGCCUGGCACUGCUUGUCCUUCCCCUCAGRUGGCACAGGCCUGUCCGUGCCCCUGGGGCCACAGCAGCAGGAAGUGGUGGGGCCAUUCCCUCCAGCUGCCUCGUGGUGCUGUCAUCCCAGGGAUGACUGGUAUUGUCCAGCAUGAGGCAGGAGACCUGAAAGUCUGGUGCCUGGGCAGGACAGCCACACUCUCUCGAGUGGCAGAGCUGCUGAGCUGCAUACCCUGCUGCAGAGACUGCCACCGUGGGAAUGGUGACCUGCCACUUUGGGGGGCAGAAGGUAAAGAGCAGCCUUGGUCACCAAGGGCAGUGGUGGUUCCUGAGGCCUCUGCACAUCCAACCUGCAGCCUCUGCCCAUGGCAGGCCUGGCUCUGAAGGGUGAUUUUGAGAACUUUGGAAGGCUGAGUGACUGGUCUUGCUUGGGUGGUGCAAGUCCUCUGUCAAGUGCCAUGGGCUUCUGGGUGCACAGAGSUCCCACCAGCAGAACUGCUACAAGACUCCCCUGUGGGCUGAGAGCACCGUGGCCUGGCUCCCACAUCCCUGUCUGGAGGUCCUGGCUGUGCUCUUGGUGAUGUUUGCCAAUACGUGCGUAUUUCCUCCCUCAUUAGAUUUUUAAUUAAGACUACAAGGGGUUGUGAUGAUUUAGCAGGAACAUUUGUCCAUAAUCCAACUUAGCAGUUGUCCAUAACCCAGCUUUGAGGAGAAAGGUCUUUUCCCAUCAACCUCCCUUSGGCAGAAGGUUACUGUCAAGUUUAYUCUUAAGAAGAAUMAUUUGUAUGAAAGCCUGUAUUACAUCAUUCUUGUUUAUACRGUUUUACCUUGGGACAUUCUGAAGUCUAUUCAGGGAUCAGUGAUUAAUGCUUGUCAACUAGAGCUGCAUYUUCCACAACUCAGUGAAACCAGUAAAAGGGCUUUGGGUUUCAUUAUCUGUGAGAUUUCCUAAUUAUUCUGAUUUUAGAAGGUGGUAAUAUGUGAAAAUUUGUACAAGUUCUAGUUAAGGCCAGGAAGUAAUUUUAAUCCAGAAAUAAACUAUUUCUAAAAUCCCUGUCAGUCUGCCUCCGUAUUUGGGUAGGCUGCCAAUGUUUCCCAAGGCUGAUGGGCAUUUUGSUGUUUAGAUGUGCUGUGCACAGCAUCCCUGCAGAGAUUGUAYGUGCUCAACUGGUUCCUAGACUCAGAAGAAAGGUUUUCUCUGGAGAGUCACUCCUUUUAAAUAAGUUGUACUUCAUUGUUCACCUAAGUUUAUUCUCAUCUGCCAAGGUGAAAUAAUUUGUGUAAUCUUUAGCUGUUGUGGGUUAUUGUAAUCCAGUGCUGAAUGCAUAGUACUUACCUUGUAAGAACCCCUCAUUUUUAUCAUCUGCUCCCAAGUAUUACUUUUUAGAAGCAAGUUUCAUGUUAYUCAAUAUUGACUUAAAUAGAGGAAUAUUACUGAAAUUAUGAAGUCAAGCACUCAGAGACAAAGGRCUGUCAGCUGUCAGAUUGAUAAGUACAUUCAUCUUUCAUUUCUUUGUCUGGGCUUACAUAGUGUCACAUCUGCAGGAAUAUCUGUGCCAUUUCCCUUAUUACUGGACAGCUGUCUCCAAGAAUGUUCAGGACAAAGCUGGGACAAAAUAGCAUGAGGAAUGACAUUUAGCACUUCUGAUUUCUGACAAUCUAAAGAUUUGACUUUGGAGAACUUUCCUUGUUAGUCUGCUUUGUAAUCUUAAAUUCUCUUCUCAAACUUUUAAACUAAAAAAAUAUUUUAUUUUUUUUUAUUUGGUCCCCCCGGCUAAUGUGGUAUUGGUUCUUUAUUUUUUUUCUCCUCUUAAGUUUUGUGACCAGGGUUAUUGCACUAAAUGGAUUGUGAGCACUUUACUUUUCCAGGUAGCUGGAGUUGCAGAUCAUUUAGUUGCAAGUGAAAAUUUUCAAAAGAUUCAUUAAAUCAAUGAUAAUGUUUGUCUCCAUUUCCAUCUGUAAAUAAUAUGAACUAUGUUUAUAUAGGUAUAAAACUAUUGCUAUGCCUGUAUGCAUUGCCCAAUAGACUCUAUUACAUUUUCUAUUUUAUGGGACAUGGACUUUUAUUUUGCAUAGAUAUUUAUGUAGUGGUAUGUACACAGUACUUUUAARUCAACAUCAGUGUGUGUUAAUUUGGGGCUUUGAGCAAUAUUGGUGGUAUCUGGAAAAAAAAAACCAGAGCCUGUCACCAUCAUGCAAAGUUGGAAGUUGUACCAAAUCCUCAGAAGUAACUCUAAAGAGAGGCAUUGCUUACUUGCUUGUUCUCUUCCUUUGUCAGACACCUUGUAAUUUACAGAAAUUACUGUAUGUGGUCACUGGUGAACUGUGAGCUGGAACGUGAUGUUUCCUUUCUGGAAUCCAAAUGCGUCAAAUAUUGUCUAAAUUUGCAAGUCACUGAUUAGAAAAAAAGAAGCAUGAGUUUAGGCAGGAAAAUGAUUUUAUGCUGUGCUGUUUUUCAGUGAUGCCUAAAGGUUAAUUUUGAUUAAGUCCAUAUCAUUAAAGGUUGCUUCACUGCAAUUAUUUGUGAAUGUUUGUAAAUGUAUUUAUUACACAUGUACAGAAGCAGGGGAAAGGGGGAGAGAGAUGGAGAAAAGACGUAACCAGUUUUCACAUGUUUGUAAUUAAGCUAUUUGUAACCUUUUCAGCAUGUCUGCAGUUCACUCAACCUCUGCUCUAUCUCUCAGAACAGACAACCUAAUGAUUUCAGAAAUUCUGCUGUUCUUUGAUUGGAAAAAUAAGUCUUUUCAAGAAUCAAAUAGAAUAAAAUUGUGUGUAUAUAUAUAUAUAUAUAUAUUGUAUGUAUCUAUGUAUAUAUAAAGAAAAACUAUAUUGGGAAGUAUUUAAGAGUUCUCUAGUCAAUUUAUUUUCUACAAAUGAAAAUAAUAGUAAUUAAAUGUUUUGCACUCUAUAGGAGAUACACUUUAUUUAAAAAAUAAUUUAUGUAAAAGGUACCUUUCUUAAUGUAUGUUCUCCCUCCCUGAGACUGGAAGACAGCCUUAGGAGAGAGGAGAAACUUUUAGAUGCCAUUAUCAUAAACCACCCAAUGGACUGCCUAAGUGUAAUACACAUCUUGAUAACUCUUGAGAGUACCWGGGGCUGAAAUGCCAAGGGAGAUCUCCAGCAUCUGUUUAUCUAAAUGGACAUAUCCCAAACCUGUGGCUGUUAUUUCAUAAUGAUUCAUUUAGGCCCAGCUUUUCUGCAGGGAAGGUUUUUGUGGGUGUUCACUGGGGAAAUGGCUGCARCAACUUUCCAUUGCUGUUCCUGUGCCCCAGGCUGCUGUUCCUGGAGCAGGGUCAGUGGGCAAAUUUCAGCAGGAAAGACAGCAGAAGCUGCAGGGCAGCAGCACUGGGACAGGCUGAAGGCCCUUUACUAAAAUCCUUACUUGGUGUUGUAGUCCUCACUGUGUCUAAUAGGUUUGAAGGUUCUGGGAAGGCAGUGUUCUA